AUGAGAGUUCAAAGCUUAAUACUCAGUGCAUUGACGUUUGUUCAGUACUGUAUUGCAACUGAAAUUGUGCUAAAAGAUGCAGUAGUGGCUUUCGAUAGUGAAAGGCCGGUUGUCCAAUUGAAUAACAUUGACAGUAAAUAUGAUUCUAAAGGUGUAAAUGUACCGGUAUCGUUGUCAGAGACAUUGAAGCUUUCGUUUGUUGUGGACCAAGAGUUGGAACAAGCAAAUGUUUUGGUAGGACUUCCAAGUGAAAACUUGGAAGCUGGCUAUACUUUAAAGAAGCAAAGUGGGAGCUCUGACAAAUUUUCCUUAGCCAUUCCUCUACCAAAACUUGCACAUGCCUUCAACGAUAGAGCAGAGCUACAAGUGAACCUUUUAGUAUCCACAGAAGAAAAUUCAUUGGUUAAGGAAUUAUUCAUAUUGUCCAUUGUUGAUCCUGUAACAAAUACCCGUGAUACUGCGAGAAACUUUGUUAGAUUGAAUCCGAAGGAGGAAAUUCAUCACAUUUUCCAAAGUUCACCUAAGACCGUCAAUGCGUUCAUCGCUCAACUGUUUGCAUUGGUAAUUACUACCACUUUAUUCGUGUUGUUUGUCUCCUGGGUAUCUUUCGGUGCUGUUAAUUUCAACUUGAAGAAUGUAUCUUCGUACUUAUUUGUUGCACUAGUUUCCGGUUUCGAGUUCAUCUUCUACAAGUACUAUUCCGGUACCUCAAUAUUUGACACCGUAUUCUCUACUGGUUUGUUGUUCUUACCAGCUUUGUUGCUUGGUUCUGCUACUCUGAAGUCAUUGAAACAAUGA